ACAUAUACAUGUAUGUCAAAAUCAUCCGUGCAUAACCAUCUCUCGCCCCUCAAACACGGAAUACCAUGCAGGCUCCGUACGCGAUAUGUUAGCACACACUCAGAUGGCCAUUGAUGAAGUGCAGCAUAUGUUACACAGAGCUUCCUUUUACGUGAUCAAGCAAGCCUAGGGGCAAGAUCCUUGGCUAUAAGACACAACAUUUCCUAGGCGGUGCACAGAGUUAUGAUAUUCGCUAGCAGUCUUGCAACAAUCGAGGGGAACUACGAGCUAGCCUACAACCAGCGAAGCUACUGCAAGACCUGGCCUACGGUUUUGAAAAAUGAUUAUCCUUCUCUUUGCCUUGUCGGCUUGUUGGAUUAUUCCAGGGUCCCAUUGCCACGAUGACCUCAGCCUUACUUGCGAGUCUGGGAAGUGGGACUACGUGACCCUGAGUUGUGUACCCGGUUCGAACGAGAACAAUGAUGGCCUUGAUCCUUUGAGCUGGUCUGGCGAAGGAGCCUUUGGAGAUGGCUUCGCUGCACGUAUCACCUGGGACCGUAUUGCUCAGCCGCCCAGUCAACGGCUAGGCAUCAUGAUUAGUAGAAACUUUCCCCACAGUCCUGGAAGACUUCUCCCCGCGGUGGUGGCGAACAACGUGGAUGCGUCGGCUCUGUCUGCAGAUGUUCACAUUUCCUACACGGGAAGUCACGAGGUCAUGUUGGUGGCCGCUUUGGAUUCAGCGGCGUGGGACAAUGCUUUCCAAAGCUUACCCUCUCCGACAACCUAUACCGUACUGGCUCGUGGUGUCUUUGCAUUGGACCACUGUUACACACCUGAAGGAAAUCAAGCGCAAUGCAACAUCGACCUGCCAGCCAUCACAGGAACACAGCACCCAAGUGUCACUGAAGCGCCAGCAUCAUCAGUCAACACGAUUCCUACCACGAAGACAGCUGUUGAACCUGUGGAGCAAUUCACUCCAAGUUCAGAAGACAAUCGAUGUGUGACCGAGAGUGGAUUCCCGGUCACCAUUCACUGGACGCCACGAGACUACAACAAUGGAGACACGCCGUUUUCGGAACACGUCCUAGAACUCGUCAGCCGACCGGAACUUUACAGUUCCUACGAUACACUGCUAGCCAGUGUUCCUGGUGAUCGCUCGAAGCAACGAGUGAUGAUCAAGCGACGUGGUCGGCACUUCAUCUACCUCUAUUUGGUACUGGACCAACCACCUUCCUCGCAUGUUCACAGACACAAUGACGCUUACUCGCACGAGCCACUGAGUGGGCGUGCAGUAAACCUGGAACCGUGCUGUGAUCAGGACUCUUGUCACGUGUACCUGGGAUAUAAUCCGGAGCCCACCACACAGCCUCCGCCUGACACUACCCUGCCUCCAACUACCCAAGCACCAGCUUUGCUACCUACAGUGGAUCGGGGCCUUGGUGUGACGUCAGUGCCAAGGGACCACCUGAAGAAACUCGAGGAUGAUCUACGAGCAGCCAACCUAGCUGUAAAGGUGUUGCGAUCUCAGCUGAGUUCAGCGCGACGAGGCAGCUCAUCCUGCUUCAGUGCUCUGACGGUCAGCAAGAGAACGGCAGCGAGCUGUAUGGCUAGAAUACUAAGAGGGAAAUGAAGCCUCAUCGUCCACGAAGCCAGGCAUGAUAGCUACAUUGUACAUUGUACAUUGUACAUUGUACAUGUACACGUGUGCAAUACUAGUAGGCGCGAAAGGUGAUAAUUCCUGGUGUCCUGCUACAUGUAUGAUAGUAUUUUUACGCUUCUGGAGCUGUUAAACAUCGCUGGCCUGCUCCAGAGUCUGUAUGCUCUAGUACAUAUUUUGCGCGCAGGUGCACGUUUGACCUUCUAUUCUAGGUGCUGAUAUACAUCUACAUUACUAAAACCAGCCCAUGGUCUGUUUACCCCUUGUACCCCCCCCCCCUAUACCCUGCCCUGCCUCAUACCAUAUCUCUGUGCACCAGAUCCCAACCCGAAACUCUAUGAUGACCUCGUUUGCGCUUCGUAUUAUUUUGCCUGAUUGCACUGAUCAAAGUUUAUAGUUAUUGCCUGUGCAAUCACCCCACGUAGCACAGAAGCCUAUGAAGCCUUCUCAUCAUUGGUUCUCUUUUGAAGUCGAGUAACGUUUUGCGAAAGUUUUAACCGAGUUUACCAACGGCUUCUGUGUUACAUUUCUCGGGUGUCAAUUUUCUUCCUCCAACUCAUCGCUAUUCAAGAAUAUGCGAACAUGGUUACGCUGUC